AACUGAACCUUGAGCCAGAGUAGGGCCUUAUCAGCUCUCUGUCUGUCUUUCUCAGCCGCUCUCUGCAGCAGGGGUCUAACUCUUUAUUCGCCAGAAACCUCCCUUGAGCCCCUUUAACGUUCCCUGCCCAACCCCCAGCUUCCCUUACCGCGCGGUGCGUUCUGCUCACAGAGAAUGUCCACCCGGAUGUGCCCAUUUGUGUGUCAAGGACAGGACAGCCGGGACCUACAGGACUCCUGUCCUCUGCUCAUUUUCUGCAAAUGAAGGAGCAGCCCCUUCCCCGAAGGUCGAGACGCUGUCCCAGAGAGUGGAUGACUUCCAGGAAGGGCCAGUGACACCUGAUCACACUUGCCCCUCUGCAGCAGCAGGAGAAUGAAGGAAGAAGGAAGAAUUCCCUGAGGAGUGACUUCCUCGGGUGUCUCCACCAGACCAGCGCCCUCCGUGCGGGAGCUGAGAGCCUGCCGAGAGCUCCACAUGCAUCCUGUAGUGAAAAAUCCCCGCGAGCCCUGGGAGCUUGCUCCACUGCUGGCCAGCAUGACGGAAGACCUGAUGUCCCAUCACACCCCACUGUCCACCUCCUUUGCAUCGGUGGCAUCUUAUCAUGCAAGCUGCAGCGUCUCACCUGAAGCCAGCAGGAAGCUUGAGAAGGCCGUGAGAGAGGGGAAGCUGCUGGAAGCAGUUGCUGUGGUUAGGGAGACAGUGGAGACUGUGUCCAGACUUCCCGUGAGCAUUGCUGUGGCAGGGGACUCUGGCAGUGGUGUGUCCUCCUUCAUCAACGCCCUGCGAGAGACUGGGCACGAGGAGAAGGCCUCAGCUCCCACCGGGGUGGUGAGGACCACGCUGACACCAGCCAGGUACACUUCCCCCAGGUUUCCCAACGUUUCCUUGUGGGACCUACCUGGCAUGGGUGCUUCAGGCCAGAGCCUCGACAGCUACCUGGGGGAGCUGCAGUUUGGCCAGUACGACCUCUUCAUCAUCAUUGCAUCCGAGCAGUUCAGCCUGAAUCACGUGAGGCUUGCCAAGGCCAUUGAGAGCGUGGGAAAGCGAUUCUACGCCAUCUGGACCAAGGUGGACAGGGACCUCAGCACGACUCUCCUCUCCAAGGCCCUCCUCCUGCAGAGUAUCCAGGAGAACAUCCUGGACAGUCUCCGGAAGGAAGGGAUAUGCGAUCCCCCCAUCUUCCUGGUAUCCAGCCUGGACCCAUCACUUCAUGACUUCCCCACACUCAGGAGGAAGUUGCAAAUAGACAUCUCCAACAUCAGGUGCUGUGGUCCCUUACAGGCUCUGUUCCACAUCUGUGAGGUGACCGUUAAUGAGAAGGUGACUUCCUUGAAGGCAAGAGUGUCCUCCAAAUGUCUGCAGGAUGCACCUGGCGUCUUGCAUGCUGAGGACCUGGAGCAGUGUCUGAAGGCCUACCGACUGCACUUCGGUGUGGAUGAUGAAUCCCUUAAGCAGGUGGCCUGGAGCACGGGAAGGGUGGUGUCCGAAUACAGGGACACCCUGAAGUCCUGGUGUUUCCCCGAGCUGUGCAGAGCUGACUGGAGGCUGAGGCUCGUGACCUGCUCAGUGGCGAAGGCCUUCCUGCGGCUGCUCGGGUGGAUACCAUGCUGCGGCUCCCGCGCCGUCUGCUUCUUUGUGUGCAUGAUACACAGUUGUAUACUUCACUUGGUUGGCCAGGACACCAAGGCCAUCCUGAGGAAAAUCCUGGACGACUCCAAAUGUCCUGCCUGAAAUCCAGCUGUGGGUGUGGACAGCACGCUCACUCUCUCGUGAAAGUCAGGCUGCCUCCAGGUCUCUUCACCAGAAAUCAAGAAAUGUAGACUACUUUCUUUUUAUAAGGAAUAUGAGAUUAGCUAACUUUUUGAAAGGAAUUUUAAAAAUCCUUCAUCUUCCUAGCCUCAGUUUCAAUGCAUUGUUCCUUUGAGGAAAAAGUAUUUAUUGAAAUCAUUAGCCGAGCUUCCCAAGUUCAGUUCAUAGGGAUUUUUAUUUCAGUUCUAAUUGUGAUGUGAGUCUGAAGUAGCCUGUUUUUCCCCUGAAGCAAAUCACAGUAAAGUCUUCUUCCUUGAAAA